GCAAUGGAUUUGAGAUGAUAUAAGUUACUGGGACUUUGUUCAAGUAGUUGAACUUUGAGGAAUAAUGAAAAUAAUUGUCUUUGAUUGAGUGUUUUUAUUUAAGAGUUCUGUUUUUUUUUUUUUUUUGUAUAAAUUGAGCUCUAAAUUUACUUAUCUGGGUCCCUUUUUCAACGGUGAUUGGGAUUCUUGGUUUGGAAGUUGAAACUCUUAUUAGAGAUUAUAAUGAAUUUGGGAAAGAUCUUUUUCGUGGGUUAGUCUUUUCAUAUAAAUAUAUUGUUGAAAAUGUGGGUGUUUGACACUUUUUUUAUAGACAUUUUGAGGCAUAUUUUAAAGUGAAACUGAAUCCACUAUACAAUUAUUAGUGAAAAAGUCUGAAUAGAUUUGUGUUCUCCUCACCUCAGUGAAUAUUUCAACAAUAUCUUUUUCUUAUAUAUUGAAGGUUGAAGCCCAAUUUACUACACACCGAUUUUGGUUUCUCUCUCUAUUCCCCUCCUCUCUCUAUUACAAUUCAGAUUUUGCAGUGGGGAAGAGGCAGAAGUGGAGGUUUAGCAAUGGACGAAGAGAACAUACUGAAAUUCGUGACAGCAUACCUGAAGAAGAAAGGUUUCAAGCAAACCGAGCAUGCUUUCCAGGAAGAACUUCACCAUAAUAAGACCACUCACAAUUCCUCUUCUCUGAUUUCUUCUACUUCCCAAUUCGAUGCCGAUAUCGCCAAGCAGCUUCUCUCCUUUUUCGAAUCGGAGAUUGGUCCAGUACAAUAUCAGGAUGGGUACAGCAAGUUGAGGUCAUGGACAUAUAGCUCCCUAGAUUUGUACAGGCACGAGUUGCUUCGCGUUCUAUAUCCGGUGUUUAUCCAUUGCUUUAUGGAUCUAGUUGCAAAUGGUCAUAUCCAAGAAGCUCGGGCAUUCUUCAAUAGCUUUCAUGAAGACCACGAAAUGAUGCACUUAUGCGACCUUCCGAAAUUGGAAGGAGUUCUCUCUCCAUCUCAUUUGGAGGAGAUGGAAUUUGCUCACUCUCUUAGACAAAGCAAAGUCAAUAUAAAGAUUUGUCAGUAUUCCUAUGAGCUUCUUCUGCAAUUUCUGCAUAAGUCUCAAUCUACCACUGUACUUGGUAUUAUCAAUGAGCAUAUCAACUUUCAAGUUUCUCCUGGACAGCCCAACUUAAUUUCUGAUGAUGCGGAGGCUGUUACAUUGACUGGCAGCAGCCAGGAUGCAGUCAGUCAGAUUAAUCAGAAGGAAAUACAUUGGGGGUUGCUGGAAGACUCUUUGGAAGAACGCUUGGAAAAGACUGGGGGUUUGCUUUCUGAUUCUGAAAAGGCAGAAGGAGAAACUAAAGAGUCGGAGUGGGAGGAAAAUAAGAAAAGAUCAGCAGAAGGAGGAAAGCAGGGCUCAUCAGUUAAAAAGCUGAAAAAAGACAAGGCAACGGGAGCAACAGGGAAAGCCACUCGUCCUAAGACAAACAUUGUAACUAUGGCACCAAGAGUCAAACCAGAGCUUCCUUUGCCUACAAUUUCAGUAGAGGUUGAGCAGUCUAUACUUGAUGACUUGAGAAACUGUGUACAGCUGAGCAGUGUUGCUCUGCCAUCCGUUAGUUUUUAUACAUUUAUCAAUGCACAUAAUGGUUUAAACUGUUCAACUAUAUCCCCUGACGGGUCAUUGGUUGCUGCUGGAUUUUCAGAUUCAUCGCUGAAGGGUGACGAUGAUGCAAAUCCAAAUGAGUUUGGUUCAAAUGGAGGAAAAAGACCCUAUACCUUAUUUCAGGGGCACUCAGGACCAGUUUAUUCAGCUUCUUUUAGUCCUAUGGGAGAUUGUAUACUUUCCUCUUCAGCCGAUUCAACAAUUCGGUUAUGGAGCACUGAACUAAAUGCAAAUCUUGUUUGCUACAAGGGUCAUAAUUACCCAGUAUGGGAUUAUAGUCCUGUAGGACACUAUUUCGCUAGUGCAUCACACGACCGGACAGCAAGGAUGUGGUCUAUGGAAAGAAUACAACCUUUGCCAAUAAUGGCAGGGCAUUUAUUUGAUGUUGAUUGUGUGCAAUGGCAUGCCAACUGCAACUACAUUGCCACUGGUUCUAGCGACAAAACAGUUCGACUGUGGGAUGUCCAGAGUGGGGAAUGUGUCAGAAUAUUCAUUGGUCACAGGAGCAUGGUCUUGUCUUUGGCAAUGUCAUCUGAUGGUCGUUAUAUGGCUUCUGGUGAUGAAGAUGGUGCAAUAAUGAUGUGGGAUCUUUCAAGUGGCCGAUGUGUUGCGCCUUUGAUGGGUCACACUUCGUGUGUGUGGACUCUUGCUUUCAGUGGUGAAGGUUCGGUUCUUGCAUCUGGGUCAGCUGAUUGCACUGUGAAACUAUGGGAUGUAUCAACAAGCACAAAAGUCUCAAAGACUGAGGAGAACAUAAGCGGGAAUACAAGUAGACUUCGAUCGCUGAAAACUCUACCAACAAAAUCUACCCCCAUCUAUAUAGUUUGCUGUUUUCUCGGAGAAAUCUUUUAUUCGGAGCUGGGGUCCUUUCCAAAGUUGUAUGAGAUAAUUUUUUUUCAUCUCUUUUUAGCUUUGGUGCAAUCACCAGGUCUAGUUAGCGUACAAAUUUGUUGUAUUAUUAUUUCAUUUUCUAGUUAAAUGGGAACAUAGUAGGGUGGUACAACAGACAUCGAGAAUGAGAAAAAGCCAUUAGUAAAUCUAACUGCCAUUAUUGAACUAUGAAAAUAACUCGCAUAAGUGAAACUCAUUUACAUAAAGGACACAUCAGAACGCAUAAUUGAUUACUGAAAUGUACCAUACAUUCAAGUUUUUUAUGCAAUGACACUUGAUUAGUUUAGUCAAA